AUGACCAGAUCAGCCAACGUCAAACUGGCAGUAGUGGUUGUGGUAAUCCUGGCCUUCGCCUACCACAUACCCUUGUACCUGGCAUAUAAGUGUCCCCGGAAGUGGAACAACGCAACACAGACAGAAGAGAUACACUUUAUACGGUAUGCUGUUUUCCUCGUUCCCUUCCUUCUGCUGCUCACCUUCAACGCGUUGCUCUUGAGGGUCCUAUGGCGGAGUAACAAGCUACUUGCCGCCAUGCACCAGAGGCGGGACCAGCAUGAGAAGAGACUGACAGUCAUGGUGCUGUCAAUGACAGCAAUCUUCUUCUUAUGUGAGCUGAUGUCAGCGAUUGCCUUUAUCCUCACCUCUGGUCUCAACAGACACUCGGAAUGUUCCCACCAUUGCGUCAGAUUCACCGCUGUGGCAGAUACGUUUGUCAUCGUCAACGCCGCCUGCAACUUCGCCUGCUACUGCGCCAGCGGGAGAAAGUUUCGAGAAAUCUUCGCACAAAUGUUCCUCAGGAGACCCCCAGAGGCUUUCAGCAACAGUCUUUCGGGAUCAAGGUCGUCAGCCACUAUCAAGACCAAGCUGAAGAAGUUUGUGAAGAAACAUACAGGGACCCAUACAGAGACCCAUACAGAGACCCAGUUGAUGUCCCUUGAUGGUUGUGUAGAGAACGAAACAAUGGCGGCUCAACUCCAUCCUUCCUUAGCUGGUAGGUCUUCUAUCAGCUUUCUAGAACACCAUGGUAACAUCUCUUGA